CGUUCACUUCAUUGUGCUGCUGCGCGGUUUGAGCAGCAGAAGCAGCAGCAGUGCUUCAGGAGUCCCAACAACAGCAGCACCGAUGGCCGCUCCGCCUGCGGACUAAACGAUGGCCUCCGCCACCGUGGUACCGACACCUGAUCGUCAGCCAUGGCCAGAUCCAGUAGCAGAAGCGGCGGGGCCGCGGACACGCGUGUGACCGCCGCGGCAGAGCACGGAGAACCGCGGGAGCUGCACUCCGAGCCCCGGGAACUGUCUCUGGAGGAGGUGCUGAAGUCCUACGAACAGCCCAUAAACGAGGAGCAGGCGUGGGCCGUGUGCUACCAGUGCUGCAGCGGGCUCAGGCUGCCCCGCCCGCCGGCACAAGCAGCCACACGAGUCAAAGACCCGUCCUCCAUCCUCCUGCACAGGGACGGUACCGUAUGGCUGCGGCCGGAUCCGCGCAACCCCGGGGACACUGAUGGACAUCGUCCUCCUGUGACCACAGAGAACCAGCUGGUCCAGUCUCUGGGCGUGGCCAUCUACCGCGCUCUGGACUGGGGGCUGGAUGACAGCGAGGAGCGGGAGCUCAGCCCCCAACUGGAACGACUGAUUGAGCGAAUGGUCGGCAGCAGCGGUCAGAGCGCGUACAGGAGCACGUCCAUCAGAAACGGAACCACAGAUGAAGGCUACAGUGGACAGGAGGAGGAGGAGGAGGAAGAAGAGGAGCAGGAGGAAGGAGGAGGGGUCAGGGCAGUGUGCACGUUGCGCCAGGUGAUGGUGCUGUGUGCGUCUCGGCUGGCGAGCCCCAGCUUGGCUCCGGAGCAUUACCAGGCGGUCUGCAGGGCCUUGUUUCUGGAGACUCUGGAGCUGCAGACCUUCCUGGUGAAGAUCAGAGAUGCCAAAGAGAUGUUGAAGAAGAUCUCUUCAGAAGAAACUCUGGAGGACAGGUCCACAGCUGAGCUGGACACUCUGAAGCACACAGACUGGGCCCGUCUGUGGGUGCAGCUGAUGAAGGAGCUGAGGCAGGGAGUGAAGUUGAAGAAGGUCCAGGAGCAGCAGUUUGACCCCCUGCCCACAGAGUUCAGUCUCACGCCCUUCGAGAUGUUGAUGCAGGACAUCAGAGCUCGACGCUUCCAGCUGAGGAAGGUCAUGGUGGAUGGAGACAUUCCGACCAGGGUGAAGAGGAACGCCCAUGAACUGAUCCUGGACUUCAUCAGGUCACGACCCCCCCUCAAACCAGUGACGGAGCGCAGCCUUCCCCCUCCUCCCCCCCAGGAGCCAUGUCUCCAUGACCAGGUUCUGGCUGAGAUCAAACAGGAGAGGAGGCUCCGCCCCGUGGCCACGCCCUCCUCCAGAGCCUUCGGCUCUCUGCCCUGCCUCGUCCGCACCUGUCCCUACAGCGUCAAGUCCACUUCCUGUAUUGACCUAUCGGCUUCGGAAUCUGGAGCCCGCCCACCAUCCCGUACUCGAGUUCUACUCAAGGCGCCCACCCUCGCAGAGAUGGAGGAGAUGAACAUAUCUGAGGAGGACGAGUCUCCAGACAGCAGUGAGCGGAGGAGAGCAGAGAGCGCCCCCACCCCAAUGAAAAGAGACCGCUCCUUCUCAGAACACGACCUGGCGUUGUUCCGUGGAGAGUCGCCUCCUUCACUCUCAGACUCACCGCAGCUGGACGGAGCAGUUAGACUGAGGAGCGAGAGGCCGAGGUCCAGGACCAUGUCCAGUGCAGGACCACCUCCUUACUACAGGGCGUCGUACCCAGGUCACAGCUGGGCCCCCUCCUCUCCAGCCCGUCUGUCUCUGACUUCAGUGGAUGAAACCACGGAGUCCUCGGAGGGAAUGUCUCACUGCAGAGCUGGAGAUGAACACCAGUGGAUGGAGUUCAGUCACCCUGUGGAGAGUCUGACUCUGACGGUGGAUGAGGUCAUCAACGUGCGUCGAGUUCUGAUCAAAGCAGAGAUGGAGAAGUUUCUACAGAGCAAAGAGCUUUACAACAACCUGAAGAAAGGAAAGGUGUGCUGCUGCUGCAGAGUAAAGUUCCCCCUCUUCUCUUGGCCGUCCACUUGUCUCCUCUGUAAAAGGUCUGUGUGUGGAUCCUGCAGUGCUAAGAUGAAGAUUCCCUCCAAAAAAAUGGCUCACAUUCCAGUCUACACGGUCGGGUUCCACAGCACGCCCAAGAUCCACGGACACAGGAGUCCGGUCUACAAGUCUCUGCGCUCUCUGUCCCGCCGCUCCGUGGAGGAGGAGUUUCCUCACCUCUACGCUCACGGCUGCACGCUGCGAGACGUCUGUGCUGAAUGCACCAAGUUUGUGGCCGAUGUCAUUUCCUCCAGCCGCCGCAGCCUGGACUUCCUCAACAACACGCCCAAAAGGGAAGCCACGCCCACAACCACCGCUGCCACAGCCCAGGAACCACGGCUGCAGCGAGAGGAGCAGCUGGACGCUGGUGCCCCGCCCUCCCUGCACUCUGAGCUCCGCCCACAACGGGCACCAUCACAAACCACUGCACCACAGCUGGAGCACAGCUUCAAACAAUGAGUGGACUGAACACACACACACACAGAUUAUAAUGACUCAGCAGUUCUUCACUGGUCACUGGUGACAGUGAAGCUGCUGCUGGUCAGAACAUCUGGUCCAGAUUUGACCACAGACAUUUUGUGGUGCUGGUCAUAGCAUGUCAGCUGAAAGUAGUCAGAACAGGUGCAACGACUGGAUCAGAACCACAGGGCCCAACUGGACCUUAGAACAAAGUCCACUGUGUCUGAAUGUGAAGACAGGAAUUCUGGGUAAUUUUAAUGUAAUCAGCCUGGUGGGAAUCACUGACCGUGGCUGUGAUGAAAUCACUGACCAUGGCUCUGACUACAGUCUUCUCUUCCUGCUGUUGUUGCCUUCUUUUCUUUUCUCUUUUUUUCAAACGUUAUUGACGUCAUCAGUUGUUUAACUUAAGCUCCCACACAAAUGUUUUUAUUUUCUGUUCAUUCAAAAACAAAAACCCAUCAUAACAAACGAUGUUGCACCGCUGCAUAAGAACAAGCUUUUAGCUGUCCGAGGAACUGAUGAUGACAACGAUGACGAUGACGACGACACUGUGAAUGUAGACAGAACCUGCACCUUUAACCCUUGCAGCUGGACACUGGGCGCCACUUUGAAGUUGGUCAGAUUGACGUCCCGCCGUCAGACGCUGCACAGAUGCUUCAACAAUCUGGUCAGUUUUUUUGUAAAGAAAGUCAAAAUUGAUAUUAACUACAAUAAUAAUAAAUAAACUGCAAUAAAUUAGUCAACAACGAAA